UGUGAUCUCCAGCGAAAUACCUUUGCACAAAAGCAGAAAUUGAAUGAGGAAAAAUGUUGCAAAAUGUUUUAAUCUUAGACUGAAGCCGCAUAUUAGAAUUCGAUUGCUGAAGCUGGUCAUGUGGGUGAAAUUUUGUGUGCAAAACGUUUUCUCUGAUAGCUCCGUGGGUAAGUGUGCCCCAUGAGACUGGGCCGCACACAGACCCGGCCGGCCUGGAUAGUGCUGGGUGCGGUCCCUGGUUUAUGCUGAGUCAGGAUAUAAGUGUUUCGAUGGGAAAAGACACUUGCUGUUGUGAGUGCAAGUUCUUGUGCUGAGUCAGUCAGUCAGUCAAUCGAUCUCAGCUAGUGGCAGGCAAUGGUGGGAGUUCUUGCUGCAUUUGGCCUGAACAUCACUUGGAGAAUGAGUGAGUAUAUGUGUGGGAGGGGGAGACAUUAACUAGGGUUCACGUCUAAAUAUAGGCUGGAUAACGCCACGUUCAGAGACAAAGGCAUUAAGACAUCAACGGGAUGAGAUUAAAUGUGUAAGAUCAAUGGCUGAAUGGUGCAUUGACAUGUCAUCCAUCAGGCAUGUAUGUUAUUUGGCUUGAAAUUCACUGAAGGGUGUGCUGAUUCCUCUGAUAUUUGUAAGUACAGCAACAUGUUGCAACUUUCACAUCCCCCCCACACACAUAUGCUCACUUUUUACUGCUCGUGUGUGUUUGUGUGUGUGUGUGUUUAUGGAUGAUGGCAAAUGGGAGACUUGGCAACAAAGGAGGGUGGGGGUGGUGGCAGUUUAAAUAGCUAAUACUUUUAUUGGGCUGGUACAGGGAGAGAGAGAGAGAGAGAGAGAGAGUGUGGCACAUUUUGUUGAUGCAGUGAUCCAUUAAUUGCUGUGCCACAAUGUUAUCUUGGGAAUGUAGUCUCAAGACCCUGCCUAUUCCUGAUCAGCAACUCUCCCAAGUUCCCCACUUCGCUUUUAAAUGAAUGAGGGAUUUUUUGGGGGAAAGAAACACUCAAGAUACUAACUAUUACUGACUUUGCAGCAUUCAGAGAGAAAGAGAGACUGACCACAGGCGGAAAGACCGUUAGGGUGUAUUCUCUGUCCCCGGGCUCCUGGCUGUUGACAGGGGAUGACGACUAAUCCCAAGGGAAACAAAGUGUUAAAGGUUAAGAAGGAGGUGGGUGAGAAUGCCCCGGUGCUCAGUGACCAGGUGUUGGUGACGAUGACAGUGCGGGAGCUGAACCAGCACCUGCGGGGCCUGAGCAAGGAGGAGGCGGUGCUGCUCAAACAGCGCCGACGCACGCUCAAGAACCGCGGUUACGCCGCCAGCUGCCGGAUCAAGCGGGUCACCCAGAAGGAGGAGCUGGAGAAGCAGAGGUGCGACCUGCAGCAGGAGGUGGAGAAGCUGGCCAGGGAGAACGCCAGCAUGAGGGGCGAGCUGGACGCCCUGCGCUCCAAAUACGAGGCGCUCCAGAGUUUUGCCCGCACCGUGGCCAAGGGACCCAUCCUGCCUGCCAAGGUGGCCACCACCAGCGUCAUCACCAUCGUCAAGUCCUCCAGCUCGUCAAGCUCUGCGCGCUUCUCCACUUGUUCCUAGUCUUGGCUUCCAGGCGUCAUGGCCUCCCCUUCCACUCUACCACCCC